UAUUUUAUUGUACUGUUACAGGUUGGGAAACUUAAAAAAAAUCACCACAUAAGAAAUUUUUAUGGCGCACAACUUUUAAACAUGAACGAUUCUCCGAAAACACCAAUUUUGAGGUCUAAUCAAAUUUCAACGCCUUCAAAUAAUAAUGGUCAUUUCACACCAUGUCGUCAGAUGGGCUUAUCGCGUAAACGUAAAUCAAGUUUAUCAGUUGCAUCACCUUUACUUGUCACGGAUAAAUCAAAUACAGAAUUAAACGAAACACCAAAACACGAUAUUACCAAACGAUCAAGGGCGAGUUAUCCUAUAAACAAUGAAACACCAAAAUCUGAGGUUCAACGGAAAAGAGUUAGCUAUCCACUUGAUAAUGCGAGGAAAAGAAAUUUAAAUGUAUUGUUGUCAAAUGAGGAUCAAACGGCAGAUGAAGAAACGUUAAAAUCAGAAAUAAAUGCUUGUAAAGCUCGUAUUGAAGAUAAACGAAAAAUACUCCAGGAAUUACAAAAGUCAACUAAAAGUACCGAUAAUAAUUUAGAAAAUUUAAUUGUAAAAUGGCGUACAGGAUGUCAGAAUGCGUUGAAUGCAUUGUUAGACGAGGCAAAAGAAAACAGAAUAUUAGAUAUGAAUAAAUUAUUAAAUGAUUUGAAUAUUCCAGCAAGUUUGGUACAUUUUGAUACUGAGAAUGAAGUAUUUUUGUAA